AUGAUCCGCCAUGCCCCGUCUCAAUCCACACCCGUUAGGGAACCCGUUCCCCUUUCAAAAGACAAGGGAAAGAUCGAUCUGCUUGAAGAGAGGUUGAGAGCGGUGGAAGGACUCGGCAACUAUCAUUUCUCGGAUAUAGCCGAUCUAUGUCUGGUACCAAACAUCAUCAUUCCUCCCAAGUUUAAGGUACCAGAUUUCGACAAAUACAAAGGGACAACAUGUCCAAAGAGUCAUCUUCGGAUCUUAGCCGGAGCGGCAGUGGCGUGGUACAUAAAUCUAGAAGCCUCUCAAGUCCGGUCGUGGAAUGACUUGGCAACUACCUUCAUUAGGCAGUACCAAUACAACACAGAUAUGGCUCCCGAUCGAAACCAACUUCAGAGCAUGAGCAAACGGGAACAUGAAUCAAUCAAGGAAUAUGCUCAAAGGUGGAGAGACCUAGCAGCCCAAGUCAUGCCACCCAUGACUGAGAGGGAAAUGAUCACGAUCAUGGUAGAUACACUGCCUACGUUUUACUACGAGAAACUGAUAGGAUAUAUGCCGACAAAUUUUGCAGACCUUGUCUUUGCCGGAGAAAGAAUCGAGUUGGGGUUGAGGAAAGGCAAGUUUGAAUACGCCUCCAACGCUAGCCCCAACAGCAAUAGAAGAGCCCUAGUGGUGGGCACAUGGAAAAAGGAAAGGGAUACCCACGCGGUCACCACCGCCCCAACAUGGAUGAAAAUGCCCCAAAAUGCUCAAAGCUCAUACCAACACAACCACCCAAACUUCUCGAUCCAUGCCAGAAGUUCCCUCCCAGCGCAAGCAAAAGGGCCUGCCACGACGGAAAAGGCGCCUGCACAACACGCGGCUCCAACCACAGCCCGGCCGGCCAAUAAUGCGACUCCUGGCACGAGCUAUGACAAUCCACGACGCCCCCUGGCCCAGAGAGAGCAGUUCUCUCCUAUUCCCAUGGCGUAUUCCGAGAUACGGCCCUCAUUGUUGGAAAACCAUUUGGUGGUAGCCAUACCCGGAAUGGUCUUCCAGCCGCCAUACCCCAAGUGGUACAACUCAAAUACCAUAUGCGCAUACCAUAGUGGAGCCCCCGGGCACAACAUUGAUUCUUGCUUGCCAUUCAAGUAUAAGGUGCAACACCUAAUAAAUGUCGGAUGGCUAUCAUUUCAAGAAAAUGGCCCCAACGUUAAGACCAAUCCACUAGCCAGUCAUGGAGGAGCUAGCGUGAAUGCCAUCGAAGAGGAAAGGCUGUCAAGGACAAAGAGAUUAGAAGGUGUGGCCGCAUCCAAAAGAUUCAUCUACCAGUCGCUGCAAGCAGCAUGCAUGGUCUCUCGUGGCAGAGGCAAAAGCGACGAAUGUAUGUUUCAUCUUGGGGAAUCACACGACAUGGAAACAUGCCCCGUGGUGGAGGAGCUACUUCAACGGCUUAGGGACUGGAGGCAGCUCGAAGUGUCCGAGAGAGGUAGAGAAGAGCAGUAG